AUGUCCCACCACGACGAGACUCGCUUCCAUGACGAUGGCAGCUUUGAGAACUCAGAUGCCAAAGGUAUGCUGGAACAAGACUAUCACGGUGACGACGUGGAAGGAAAAUCCAAGAACAGAAAAGGACCUCCUGGACAAAAACACGUCCGACUGAACAUCAAUUCACGGGAACGAAGGAGAAUGCAUGAUCUAAACGACGCCCUGGACGAACUCCGCUCUGUUAUUCCUUACGCGCACAGUCCAUCCGUGAGGAAGCUUAGCAAAAUAGCCACCCUCCUACUGGCCAAGAACUACAUUCUCAUGCAAGCUCAUGCGCUGGAAGAGAUGCGGCGCAUCAUCGCUUAUCUCAACCAUCACUCGGCUGUUGAUGCACUUCCAUAUCAACAUCUUUCCCAGAGCUCCUGUGUGCCACCACGUCCUGGCGAUAGAGAUAUGCAACUGAAAUAG